UGGAAACAGCAUAACUAUUGACGAAAACAAUUUGGUUCUUCUGUAAAUAAAUAUAGAUGUUAGGGGCAUUUGAAAAAGACGAAAGCUUCCAAGAAUUUUCCUAUUCCACGUAAAUGGCUAGCUUUUCAAAGUCUUUUCUUGAAGACUUUACAUUCUACUACUUUUAUUACAUCCUUUCAUCUUGUUUCUUGGAAUGGUGUGGUAAACAAACUGGAAGCAGAUAUAAUAGUCUGAUUUAAACAAAGAAAAAGCCGAAAAAUUUUACUGAAGGCCAUCUCCACAGAUCUUCUAAAAGAACAAGACUGCAAAAGCAAUUCUCUCAAGGUGAACUAGAGACCAGCAAACGUCAGUAUCUUCUUCACUCAUCCCUACCAUUGCAAUUCUCUCAAGUAAAAGGACGGAAGCUCCCAAAAAGACAUUUUUGGUAGGAAAUUCACAUCAGACUACACGUCUUGGUGGGUUUGUACAAGUCAUUUACAUGUAUUUGUAGGCCCAACUUUGGUUCGAAAAUCAAAUAGAAAAGACAUUGGAUUCGAACAUUGUGUGUUUCAGAAAAGCAAGAAAAUUAUAGUACGUGGUUGUGGCAUUCGUCCCCUGUGAUAUUGAAGCUACCACACAACCACCACCUUCAACCUCCAGGCUCCAGUCAUCAAAAAAAGACUUCAAUGACUUCCACUCACCGGUGGGAGUAUGAUGUCUUCUUAAGCUUCAGAGGUGAAGAUACUCGCUAUGGUUUUACACGCCAUUUAUAUAAAGCUUUGUGUGACAAAGACAUUUACACCUUCAUGGACAAUAAACUUCGGAGGGGAGAAAAAAUUUCUGAGGAACUUCUCAAAACCAUCAAAAGGUCAAUGAUAUCGGUUAUUGUGUUCUCUGAAAAUUAUGCAUCUUCCAAAUGGUGUUUGGACGAACUAGUUUGGAUUCUUGAGUGUAGAAAAAAUUUUGGUCAAUUGGUUUUACCAGUUUUUUAUGGAAUAGAUCCAUCAGAAGUACGUAAACAAGAAGGAAAGUUUGGGGUAGCAUUGGCUAAACAUGAAAAAAAUUUCACGGAUAACAUUGGCAAAGUGCACAUUUGGAGGGCAGCUCUAAAAGAAGUUGGCAGUUUUUCUGGAUUCCAUUACAAUAAUGAUUGUCUUGAAUCUAAAUUUAUCCAAGGACUUAUCGAACGGAUAUCAAAUACAACAUUAAACCGCACACGAUUAUUCGUUGCUAAAUACCCAAUUGGAGUAGAUUCUCAUGCAACAAAAAUUGAAAAGCUUUUAAAUAUUGAGUUGAAUGAUAUUCGAGUGGUGGCGAUCCAUGGCCUUGGCGGAAUAGGUAAGACUACAAUCGUAAAAGCUGUAUAUAACAAAAUUGUUGAUGGCUUUGAAGGAAGCUCGUUUCUAGAGAAUGUUAAAGAAAGGUUUAGGACAAAUGAUGGCAUAAAACAACUACAGGAGAUACUUCUUUCUAAGCUCUUAGGGGAUGGAAAUUUAAAGGUGGACAACAUAUCUAGAGGAAUCACUUUGAUAAUGGAAAGACUUCGCCAUAAAAGAGUUCUUUUAGUUCUUGAUGAUGUGGAUGAACAGAAGCAAAUAGAAAAUUUGCUUGGAAAAUGUGAUUGGUUAGCUCCGGGAAGUAGAAUCCUUAUAACCACAAGAGAUAAGCAUGUGUUAACCACUCUUGAACAAGAUACUCUAACCUAUAAGGUUGAUGAAAUGGACCAACAUGAAGCUUGUGAACUUUUUAGUUUGUAUGCCUUCCAAACAAAUGAACCUGAGGAAGCUUACUUGCAACUUUCAAACCAGUUUAUCAAUUAUGCCAAUGGCCUUCCACUAGCUUUAGAAAUAAUAGGUUCUGAUUUGCGUAGAAGACGUUUAUGUGAAUGGGAAAGUGCAUUAAAGAAGUAUAAAAAGAUACCCAACAAGAAAAUUAUAGAAAUACUCAAAAUUAGUUAUGAAGGAUUGGACCAAAGUGAAAAGGAUAUUUUCCUCGAUAUUGCAUUUUUCUUCAACAGGAAACAGAAAGAUUAUGUUGUAAAUAUAUUAGAGGCAUGUGAUUUAUUUCCAAAUUCUGGUAUUCCAAAACUUAUUGACAAGUGUUUGAUAACAAUUGAUUGGUAUGGCAUUUUAUCAAUGCAUAACUUGCUACAACAGAUGGGAGAGGAAAUUGUUCAACAAGAAUCACCACAAGCGCCUGGAAAACGAACUAGGCUACAGGAUUAUGCGGAUGCUUUUACUGUACUGACAGCAAAUACGGGAACGAAUAAAAUUCGAGGCAUAAUACUGUGGCCACCUAGACCUGUAACAUUGGAAGUUCAUGCUCAAGCUUUCAGAAGGAUGAAAAAUAUCAAGUUUCUUAUAGUUAAUAAUGUAUAUAUUGAUGGAUUUUUGGAAUAUCUCCCCAACAGUUUAGUAUUACUGGAUUGGCCUAAUUGGUCCUUGUCCUUGCCAUCCAAUUUUUGUCCUCAACAACUUGUCUACUUGAACAUGCCCCAUAGUAACAUUAGAAUACAUAAGUUAUUCAAGCAGGUUUUGCCUUUUGAAAAUUUGAAAGGAAUCAAUCUCAGAGGUUGUGAAUCCAUCCAGAAAUUACCUGACUUGUGGGCUCCAAAUUUAGAGAUAUUAGACCUUUCUUAUUGUACAAAUUUAGUUAAGAUUCAUAAGCCUGCUGGAUUUCUUGAUAAGCUUAAAAGUUGGAAACUUUCUAAUUGCAAAAAUCUUCGAGCUCUUCCUAGAAGACUUAAGUUCAAAUCUCUUGAAGAUUUUAGUCUUGGUUCUUGUGAGUCCAUUGAAGAAUUACCUGAGUUGUGUGCCCCAAAUUUAAAGAUAUUAAAUCUUCGUUCUUGUAAAAAUUUAGUUAAAGUUCAUGAGUCUAUUGGAUAUCUUGAUAAACUUAAAGAUUGGUAUCUCAGUGAUUGUGGAAAACUUCAAAUUCUUCCAAGAAGACUUCCGUGGAAAUCUCUUAAAAAUUUUCUCCUUAAUGGCUGCACAAGCCUUGAGAACUUCAUUGAUAUUGAUUCAGAAAUGAAAUGCUUAUCGGUUCUAUAUAUAGAAGGGAGUGGUACUAGAGAAUCACUUUCCUCAAGAUGCACAAGCCUUGAGAGGAACUUUCUAGAUAGCAUCUAUAAAUUCCAAAAUAUCAUAGUUUUACGUAUUUCUACUAACCUACCAAGACCAAGCUGCAAUUCUUUUCAUGGCUGUGUCGGAUAUUCAUUUCCACAGUUAAAAACGCUUUAUCUCUUUGGUGAAAAUGUAACUGAAUUAGAUUUUCUGGAGUUCGAUUACUUUCCCGCAUUGACACGGCUAGAUCUACGAAACACCAGUACCAUUACCAUCCCCGAAAGCUUUAUCAAAUUUACUACAUUAAGACAUCUUAUUAUAUUAGAUUGCAAGCACUUUGAGGAAAUUCAAGGAUUCCCACAAUCUUUAGAGCAUUUGGUGGCUAGAAAUUGCCCAUCAUGGAAUCGAAAAUCAUCAAACAAAAUAUCGAGUCAGGUUAUUGCUAAAAAAAUUGCUAAAUGGAAGCAAGAGGGAGAAAGUCAAGGCGUUUUAGCAGAUAGAGUACAUGAAGGAGAGAGAAAUCAACUGCACUCUAACGAAUCUUCGCAUUCGCUUUACCGCUCGAUUGGUGACUUUGAAGCACCAGGGUUUGAGAUUCCAGAUGAGUUCAACGACCGAAAUGAUGGAAAUUCCAUUUCAUUCUUGGUUGGUCGUAAUUCCAGAUGCAUUCCUAUUGCUGUUUGUGUUACCUUUGUACCGACAAAUGAAUCUUUUAGUUAUGUGGUUGAAUUUGUCGUCAAUGGUUGUUCAAAAUUUCAGUGGACUGGGGCUUCCGAUGAAGGAAGUGAAUCUUGUCGUAUAUGGUUUAUUUCUGAAUCUAUGUACGAAUGGGAGAAGAAGUCGAGGGACUCAAAUCUAUCUAAACAGAGUCAUUUUGAGGUUAUCUGUAGAAUCAGUAGGUACAGAGGUUUAGGUUACAGAAAGCCAAUGAAUCCUGCGGCUAUCCCAAAAAAGUUGGGGAUCCAUGUAGAAUGCAUCUGUUGUCCUCAUAAAUCUUCCAUCCCUGAUUCCCUGCCUUUACUACCUCUGUUCCCCACGUCUUACAGUGAAGGAGAUUCAGUGCAUGCAAUUGCAAUGGAAACAACAAAUACUAAUGUGUUUGAAUAUGAUUUGAAGAGACUUCAUGGUUAUUUGAAUGUGUCAUUUUCGUUCCCUAUUGACCCCGAGGUCCACCCUUUAAUACCACUUCCUUAUUCCUCAAAUAUGGAUCAUGAGGCUUUCAAAACUGUAAGUGAUUUGGGGCAUUUGAAGGACUUUCGCAAUGAUGGGUAUGAUCUGAGCUUAUCACUAAAUGACUCAGAUGCAAGUGAACGAGAGCCUCCUCAGGUACCUGAUACAUCUAAUGGGUCUAAUUUUGGAUUGGGCCAGAUAGAUUUGGCUGGCUUGACUGUUAGUGGUGGGUUUGAUUUGGGUUCGUCUUCAGUGACCCAUGAAUUUAUGAAUGAUGACUUUGAUUUGUAUCUGUCUCCACCCUCGAAGAAAAAGAGGACAUCUUGAUCAAGCUUUGAAGAAUUAUGCCUCUCUUCCUUCCCCCUGAUUCCCAUCUCCUCCAACUCCAAGUUAGUUCCCUUCACUUAAUUCCUAAUGCAUGUAGAAUGGUCAGGAGGAAGAGAAAUAAGAAGAAUGGUGCGGGUGGUGGUACAAUCAUGGUCCCCUAAUCCUACGCUGAUGGAGGUUAAGAACGUUCUUCAAACUUAGUUACUGCCUUUAUUUUUCUCUUUUAGAGGGUUUUGUAUGAUUGUUGAAGUUGGAAAAGUGAGAUAAAUGGGUUUAUUGAGAUUUGAGGAUCAGUUAAAUGAUGGAGCUUGCAUAUGUUCUUUUCAAGAGAGAAUGUGCUAUCAAUUUUUUGUUAUUUUGAUGUGCAGGUUAUUUUAUUUUCUUGAAUAUAAUUCUUUUGAAGUUCCUCACCUUUGAUGACCAAUUCAUGGACAUAUUUGGGCAUAAGGCUCUUAUUAGUAGUUGGAACUAAGUUUUGGAAUUUGAAAAUUUCCUCUUUAUUUUUAAGUGAAUAUUCCCCAUUGUGUUUUAAGCAUUUGUAGAAUGUAGAAUAAAAAUCAGUUAACGUGACUUCUCACUAAAUAACUAAUUCACCUACAGACCUACUAACUUGGCUCCCCAUACUUUUUAUUUUCCAUGAGUGAUUAGUAAUUUUUUUAUUUUUAGGAAAGCCAUCAUGUUAUGUAAACCAUCAUGUUAUGUAUGUAUUUGUCUUCUUUAUUUGGUUAUUAGAAAGGAUUAAAACAAUGUCAAAGACAUUUUUGUAAGGUGGUUCAUGACUUCAUUCUCAACCAUUUAAGUAACUAAAAUACUAUUACUUUAUUCUGCCGUUUAUCCUAAAAAAAAAA